CUCGAGGUGCUGCUGCAGCGCCUCGCGUCGGAGUGGCAGCUCCGUGUCCACGCUGGCGAAAUGCGGGUCGCCUACCGCGAGUCGAUUUGCAGCGCCGUGCGGCGCACGUCGACGCACGCCUCGCAGCUCAAGGAGGGGGGCGAGGUCCGCAUCGAGAUCGAGGUGGAGCCUUAAUCACCGCUGAGUCUCCGCAGUACACCCUGAGUAAGCAGUGGUGCAUCGCGAUCGAGGUGCGCCCUCUCGACCUCGCGGACGGCGCCGGCGCCGCGCCGCAGGAGGGGCCGCAGGAGGCGGCGGCGGUGCAGCACGCCGCUAGCGAGGCGGUGCGCUCCGCUCUGACGCGGCGCGAGCUCGGGCAUCUCCUCGACGGGAUGCGAGCGCCGCUGCGUACGGCGACCUCCUCGGCUUCCCGCUUCACGCGGCGCGCGCCGAGGUCUCGAGCAGGAGGCGGUCGCUGCGGCGUCGCCGGUGCUUCUCGAGCCGGUCAUGCGCGUCGAGGUGCAGACCGCCGAGCAGCACCUCGGCGCAGUGCUCAGCGAGCUGACUGGCGCCCCCUCUCUCCUAGAUGCGGAAGCCGGGCCCGCGUGCGCCCGCCGCGGCUCCGUCGAGAAGCUGCUCACGCCCUCCGACGCACUGCGGCAGACGGUGCUCGCGCGCGCGCCGCUCGCCGCGAUGGUGGGGUAUGCGAGUGCACUGCGCUCGCUCACAGCCGGCGAGGCCUCGCUCUCGAUGGAGUUCUCGCACUACGCUCGCGUCGAGCCCGCGGUGCAGCAGCAGCUGCUGCUGCAGAUGCGCGGCUAUGUCUAGAUCUAGCAGCCGACUACAGCGCGUGUCGUCUAUUGAUAGCCGUAAGUGGCCUGUCUUGGACCCCCGCGGGCUGAGUUGGCAGGAUCGGCAACUGGGGUCCGUUCUGACUAGUACAUGUAACACGUUCUGGCCCUCGCCAUUCUG